AUGGCAGCUACUACACCAACUGAUGAUAAUAAUGAUGGACAACAACAACAACAACAACAACAGAUGAUGGAAAACAAUAUGGAAUUUAAUAUGGAAAAUUUCCGUAAUCUAUAUCAAGCUACAGAGAAUCUAUAUGAAAAAUAUUCACAAAAUUGUCGCAAUGAUUUGGAACAUAAAUCAUUACAAAAAUUAUUGGAUGAAUAUAGGAAAAAAUUUUCCAUAAAUAAUGCUGAAAAUCUUGACCUGGUUUGUCAAUUAUUGGAAAAAACAUUAUCAAAUGAAUUAUCAUUAGUACGUGUCAAUGAUUUUCGUUUGAUAUAUCGUUUUUUUGGUGAUCUACACGGUAGUUUCAGUGAUUUAGCACAUAUACGAACAUUGUUUUGGCGUAAUGGUAACAUACAGAUUACUGGUAAUCAUUUUGUAUUUUUAGGCGAUUAUGUUGAUCGUGGUAUACAUGGAUUCGAAGUGGUCAUCUAUUUAUUCAUGUUGAAAAUAAUGUAUCCAGCUAAUUUUACUAUAUUACGUGGUAAUCAUGAAUUUUCCGAUAUGAAUCGUCAAUCAUUUUUAUUGGAAAUGCGUUUAAAAUUUGGUGAUGAAAUUGGCUAUCAAAUGUGGUCUAGAAUUAAUGUUGCAUUUGGUUCAUUACCAUUUGCGGCUAUUAUUUGUCAGAAUAUAUUCGCCUGUCAUGGUGGUAUACCGAAACAUUUUCAUGAUAUGAGUCUAAUUGAAGCUAUUCCUAAAUCAAUUAUUAGUGAUUUAGAAGAAAAUAGUGUUGGAUUUCAAUUGGUUUGGAAUGAUUUCUAUACAAAAGAUUUGACUGCUUCAGGUGAAUUUCCAAAGGAGCCAAAAUAUUUUAGAAGAAAUUUUUUACGUGGUGCUGGUUUCGUUAUUGGUAAUAAUGGUGCUGAAAGAUUUUUAAAUCGUUUUAAUCUUGGAUAUAUUGUACGUGCACAUCAAUAUCCAUCAUGUGAAACAACUGGCUAUGAUCAUAUACAAUUAUCCAAUGGUGCAGUGUUUACAUUAUUUUCAAAUUCAAGCUAUGUUGGUGAUAUUAACAAUACAGCAUAUCUUUAUAUAUCAGUUGUUGAUGAAGAAUUAAAAGUAUUUCCAUUAGUCGAUUCACAACAAAGUGAAGAAUUUUUCAAUAAAAGUGAAUUAAUUGAACCAAAUGAUACUGUUGCCGCUUUAAAACAUCGUGAUCCAUUCUUUUUUGCAUUAUUUGAUCCAUCUGAAAUGGAUGAUACAGAACAACAACAACAACAACAACAACGACAACAAUCACCUCAUCUAUUAUCACCAUCUCCAGUUAUAAAACAAUCAUCAUUAUCAUCACCUGGUAAACAGCUAAAACAAAAACAACCACAAAAAGGACAAGAUUUGGGACAAAUACCGUUACCUUCAUCAUCAUCAUCAUCAUCAUCAUCGACACAUGAACAAAGAAGACAAAAACGACGUCCACGUAGACAACGACGAAAAAAAAGGUGA